AUGAAAGAGUUUUCGCUCGAGGAAGUUGCACAACAUUCAACUCCUAACGAUUUAUGGAUUAUCGUCGAUAAUAAAGUCUAUAACAUGACUUCUUACUACAAUAAACAUCCUGGAGGGAAGGCGAUGCUUCGCCAAGCUGGAAAAGAUGCAUCUUCCGCCAUUCGGUCAGUACCUGCACAUGGACUCCCAUGGACUUUCAUACAGAAGACUUUGCAGGAACAUAUAAUUGGAACAUUAAAGAAGUGA